AUGGACAAGUUCUUCAACGACGUUGAAGAGAUAAAGGAGGAGCUGAAGGAGUUGGAGCGUUUAAACCAGAGUCUCAAGAGGUCACACGAAAAGAGCAAAACCCUUUAUCAUGCCAACACCUUCAAGGACCUUCGAUCCACCAUGGACGCUGACGUGGCACUCACUCUCAAGAAAACCAAACUCAUCAAGUUCAAGUUGGAAGCGCUGGAACGCUCCAACGACGCAAAUCGGAAUCUUCCCGGUUGCGGAGCCGGAUCCUCCUCUGACCGGACCCGAACCAACGUCGUAAACGGGUUGAAGAAGAACCUCAAGGAUUACAUGGAUAGCUUCAGUGAGCUUCGUCACCAGAUCAACUCGGAGUACCGUGAAACAGUUCAACGCCGCUAUUUCACCGUCACCGGCGAGAACCCUGAUGACGAAACAGUUGACCUGUUGAUCUCUACCGGUGAGAGCGAGAAUUUCCUACGGAAAGCCAUUCAAGAACAAGGCAGAGGCAGAAUUGAGGACACCAUUAACGAAAUUAAAGAGAGGCAUAGUGCUGUAAAAGAGCUGGAGAAGAAUCUCAAGGAGUUGUACAAGAGCUAA